CCACGAAUGUUAGCGCAGUGUGGCGACCGCAGUCCGCAGCCGAGGUGAGCCAUGUCGGCGGCCGCCGUCCUGUGCCGCCUCGGCCUCCGCCUCCGCCGCCUCUCCACGCUCUCCGAACUCCCCGCGGUCGCGGCGGGAGCGCCGCAGCCGCAGCACCCGACCUCGAAGGACGCCUACUUCGCGGCGGUGCACCACCUCUCCACCAUCGUGCGGCGGGACUUCUACCUGGAGCGCACCCUGAACCGCCUCCGCCUCCCGUCCCCGUUCCCCACCGACCUAGCGCUCCGCGUCAUCCGCGCCGCCGCCCCCGCCGCGCCGCUCCACGCCACGCGCUUCCUUUCCUGGCUCCGCGCCAAGCCGUCCUUCGCCGCCUCAGCCGAGCACUUCGACGCGCUGCUCCUCCCACUCGCGCGCGCGCGGCUCUUCCCCCACCUCUGGUCCCUCGCCUCCGACAUGCGAGGCCUCGGCCUCCCCCUCUCGCCGACCACCUUCUCCGCGGUCAUCUCGUCCUACGGCCACUCCCGCCUCCCCGACCAGGCCGUCGAGGUGUUCAAUCGCCUCCCUCGAUUUGGCUGCCCGCAGACCACCGAGGUCUACAACGCCCUCCUCGACGCGCUCUGCGCCAACGGCAACUUCACCGGCGCCUACAAGCUGCUCCGCAGGAUGGCGCGCAAGGGCGUUGCACCCGACCGCGCCACGUUCAGCACCCUCGUUGACUCCUGGUGCGCGGCGGGGAAGCUCCAGGAGGCGCAGGCGUUCCUCGAUGACAUGGCGGGCCGCGGGCUCCGCCCACCGGUGCGCGGCCGUGACCUCCUCGUCGACGGGCUCGUUCGCGCUGGGCAUCUGGAGCAGGCCAAGGCCUUUGCCCUCCGUAUGACCAAGGAAGGCAUCCUCCCCGACGUUGCUACAUUCAACUCCCUUGCCGAGGCGCUUUGCAAUGCUGGAGACGUGGACUUCGCCGUGUCUCUUCUUGCUGAUGCUUCCAGUCGAGGCCUGUGUCCAGACAUCUCAACAUACAAGGUGAUGCUACCGGCUGUGGCCAAGGUUGGCAAAAUUGAGGAGGCAUUCCGGCUGUUCUAUGCGGCUGUUGAGGAUGGCCAUCGUCCAUUCCCGAGUCUAUAUGCGGCAAUCAUCAAGGCGCUUUGUAAGGCAGGACGCUUUGCAGAUGCUUUCGCUUUCUUUGGUGAUAUGAAGACGAAGGGGCAUCCACCGAAUCGCCCUGUGUAUGUGAUGCUUGUCAAAAUGUGCGUGAGGGGCGGUCGGUUUGUGGAAGCUGCAAACUACCUCGUUGAGAUGAGUGAGGCAGGGUUCACACCCCGGGCACCGACCUUUAGUGCUGUAGUUGAUGGCCUUCGACAUUGUGGGAAGCAUGACCUUGCCCGGAGAUUGGAACAGCUUGAGGUGUCCCUGAAGGGAAAUUAGAUAGGGUUUGGUUCUGGAGUUAGUUAGGAUGGAACAACUCUUCAGGAGCAGCUUCGUUCGAGGAUUUUGGGAAGCAUAAUUUUCUAUUUUUAGAACCACUCGAUUUUAUAUGAAAUCAUCCAAACAAAAAUAAAUUAGGAGCAUAAGGGCUCAAUUUUACCAUAUUUCGGAACCAAACACUAUCUUAAGAUAACGUUUAGUUCCGAAGUAUGGUGGGACAGAGCCAUUUCACUCUCAGUUUAUUGUUGUUUGGAUUGGUUCCACGUACGAUGGAGUGAUUCUAAAAAUGAAAAAAUAUGUUCAUUCCCAAAAUCUUCUGGACAGAGCCGCUUCCGGGGACGGAGCUGUUGUAUCCCAAGUGACUAUGGAAGCAAACGCUAUCUAAAUAGAUGGGGAACUAGAUGCGGUUUUCUCUUCCAGUUUGGACCUUGCAAGCUGUGUGGUGCUGCUACUAGAUUUUCAGGUAGAAAUGACACUUAUAUUUCUUCUUCGUGUAAAUUUAAUCUCGUCAUAAGCCAGUAAAAUCUGCUGUUUUGUUGUGCCUAACAAGAUUUACCAACUUUUCAAGUGUCC